AUGACUGUGGUAGUCUCUAGCAUCCUCGAAUGUCUCUUGGAGAAGCUGGCUUCGAUGGCUGUUGAAGAAAUUCAACUGGUAUGUGGAAUCAAGAAUGACCGAAAGAAGCUCGAGAGCACGCUAGUGAUAAUCCAGAAGGUGCUUGCCGAUGCCGAGCAGAAGCAAACAAAACAGCAAGCUGUGAGGCUUUGGCUGUCGAAGCUUAAAGACUUCUGCUAUGAUACCGAGGACAUGCUAGACGAAUUCGAAGCCAGGGCUUUGUGGAGGCGGACGGGGUCGACCAAGCACUUGACCCUAAAAAGGAAGGUACGCUACUUGUCCUCGUGGAUAUCCAACUUCAGUUUCCAGUUUAAGAUGGCACAUGAUAUGAAAGAACUGAGAAAGAGACUUGAUGGGAUCAAUGAAGAGAAAACUCAGCUCGACUUGUCGAGUGAUGUUCAUGAGAAGACUAUAGCUCUGCGGAGGGAAACUCAUUCUUUUGUACUCCCUAGGAAUGUGAUUGGAAGAAACAAAGAAAGGAAAAUGAUAAUAGACAUGUUGUUGAGAGGUUCAGAUGAUGGUGGAGCUGGAACGAUAGCAGUCAUUCCGAUUCUUGGAAUGGGGGGUACUGGAAAGACGACUCUCACUAAAUUGGUAUACAAUGAUGACAGGGUGAACAAACAUUUUGAUCUCAAAGUUUGGUCAUCCAUGCCAGUAGAAUUCGAUGUUAUGGAGAUAAUAAGAGACAUCAUCCAGUCUCUUGGUCACCAUGAAAAAUAUGAUGGACUUGAAAAGAUGCAAGAUUUCCUAAGAAACAUGGUGAAGAACAAAAGGUGUUUGUUCGUAAUGGACGGAAUGUGGAACGUGAAGAGGGAAGAUUGGGUGGGACUGAGAGAUUUGUUAGGAGGCGUUUCCGAAGGGAGUGCAGUCAUCGUGACUUCGCGGAAUAAAUCGAUCGCCAAAUUCAUGGGCACUGUCCCUCCAGUUGAUUUGGCCAACCUUUCGCUGGAGGACUCUUUGACAUUGUUCGUGAAGUGCGCGUUCGAUCAAGGGCAAGAGCAGAAUCACCCGGACCUUAGGGAGAUCGCCAUGGAAAUCGUGAGCGUGUGCGGGGGAAAUCCUAUGGCGGUGAAGACUUUGGGAAGCUUGUUGUAUUCAAAGGAAAAGAAACGGAGCGACUGGGAACACGUAAGAGAUAGUGAGAUUUGGAAAUUACAAACUGAUAUUUUACCUUCCCUGAGAAUAAGCUACGAUCUAUUGCCUUCUUACUUGAAACAAUGUUUCGCUUAUUGCUCGAUAUUCCCAAAGAACUACGAGUUCAGCAACUUUGAUGUGAUCCAACUGUGGAUGUGGAAUGGGCUUAUCCGAACCAGGGGAACUAAUGAGGAGCUGGAAGAGAUUGGACACCAGUACUUGGAGGAGCUGUGUUCGAGAUCCUUCUUCGAUGUUGUCUCAGAAGAAUAUCCAGUGCUGCUCUUCCGAAUGCACGACCUCGUUCGCGAACUUUGCGUUUCGGUGGCACAACCCGAAUCGUUCAACAUGGAAAUGGCCGCACAAUAUAUUUCCUCGACGGCUCGGCAUAUAUUGUUUCCCAAGCCAUCUACUCUACCAAAAGAUGAACUCCUCGACUGCUUGAGCAAACUCAGCCGCGUUCGUACCCUCAUGUUCGAGAAGGGUUCCUCUGGGGAGUCUUUUCUGGAGAUGUGCAUUCCGCGAGUAAAGCACUUGCGAGUGCUGUCGCUACAUGACUCCAGCUUUCACCAACUGCCUAGUUCCAUUGGCGGUCUAAAGCAUUUGAUGUUUCUUCAUUUAAGCGGCAACUGUUGUAUCAAGGAACUCCCCAAAUCGGUCUGCAAGCUUCCCAAUCUGCAGUGCUUAGAUCUCGGCGGGUGCAGGGGACUCCAGGAAUUGCCUGCAAACAUCAAGAAUAUGAUCAGCCUCCGCGUUUUUGUCCUAACCACGAAACAGUGGCGUCUGCCGGGGAGCGGAAUAGGAUGCUUGACCUCUCUGCGGUGGCUGAUCAUUCGAGAUUGCGAGAAUUUGGAGGCCUUGUUCGACGAUAUCCAAUCCCUCACGCUCCUCCGUAAGUUGUUCAUUUCAGCUUGUCCCAAGUUGGCCUCCUUACCCCAAGGCAUCAAGAAUCUCAAGGCAUUGGAGGAUCUCUGGAUUUGCAACUGCGAGAGCUUGACGCUGCCGGAAGGCGAAAGCAAUGAACCGAGCUCCAUGUUGAGGCUUCGAUCCUUCAGAUUCGAGGGAUUACCGGGGAUAGUUUCUUUCCCCGGGUGGCUCAAAGGUUGUGCAACUACUCUGCAGAGGAUAAAAAUUGCGGAUUGCUGCAACUUGAGGGGAUUGCCCAACUGGCUGCAAACUUGUUCUUCUCUUAGAAAACUGGACGUUGCAGGCUGUCCGAGAUUGUCCUCUUCACGGGAGGACGUUCAGCGCAUUGCCACAUUGACAGAGCUGCGGAUGAUCAACUGCGGGGAGUUGAGCAAUUUUGGAGAAGACGACGAUCCACCUAAAGCUCCCAUCGCUCCGCAGAAAACGAUUGAGAACCUUUUCAAGGAAGUAUUGGAAUAUUUCAAAUAA